GUCUUCUCUAUUUCUCUUGUAUACCAAACAAAAUGUAAAAGCUAGCAUUGAGAAAAAUGCUUCACGUGCGAAUCAUGUUUCAAGAGAGCAGUAUUCACCGACUUUCAAAAAAACAGCGAACACAACAGGGAGGGUCGGACAACGAACUCUACUCACGCCAAUUGUUCCGUGAAGCGGUUUGUUACUUUCUUGCUUCUAGCUUCCUUUGAUAUCUUGAUGGAUCUAUAGUAUACUACAAGGCUACAUCUAUUUUUGUGGUUUGUUGACAUCUUACUUUCUAAUGCCACAUGGAAUCCCAAUUAGAUGAUGGAAAUGACGGAAUGGAAGUUUCUGAGGAUGUGGGUUUGAGUACAUAUGAAGUCGAGAUACAUCGAGAAACUUAUGAAGGGGAUCCAAAUGAGGGGUGUAGGGUGCUAGAGAGUACUUCUGGUGGAGAAUUGGGUGUCUCUGAUGACCAUGCUAUCCAGGAACCGUAUGAAGGCAUGGAAUUUGAAUCUGAAGAUGCUGCUAAGGUAUUCUAUGACGAAUAUGCCCGUCAUGUUGGAUUUGUCAUGCGUGUGAUGUCUUGCCGACGCUCAGAAAGAGAUGGUAGGAUUCUUGCCCGUAGGCUUGGAUGUAAUAAGGAGGGUCAUUGUCUCAACAUCCGAGGGAAAUUAGGGUCAAUUCGCAGACCAAGAGCCAGCACAAGGGAAGGUUGUAAGGCGAUGAUUCAUAUCAAAUAUGACAAGUCUGGAAAAUGGGUGAUAACAAAGUUUGUGAAGGAUCAUAAUCAUCCACUAGUGGUCUCUCCACGUGAAGCACGCCAGACAAUGGAUGAGAAGGAUAAAAAAAUUCAGGAAUUAACAGCGGAGAUUCGGAUAAAAAAACGGUUGUGUGCGACAUAUCAAGAGCAGUUAAGUUCUUUUAUGAAAAUUGUUGAAGAGCACAGUGACAAGCUGUCUGUGAAAAUUCAUCACAUAGUUAAUAAUCUUAAGGAAUUUGAACCCAUAGAAGAGCUUUUGCACCAGACGUAGCCCUGAAUCAUGUUCACAUGUUUUGCAGUUUGCACAAUGCAGGCUACGGUGUGACCACUAACUUGUAUGUAACAUUUUCAUGUCAUGUUCAAAGGAUAACUCUUUCAAGUUUUGUCCUUCAUACAUGUAGACGCUGGUUUAGUGAUGAAUGCUUGGUAAGGUGAGCCGUGUGACAUAGAGAUGGCCACCAUGUCUAUAAAGUCUGAAGUUUGAUAACUUGUUGGAAUAUAUGUACUUUAUAGCUGUAUUGUGACAUUUUGCCAGUGAUACAGAAAUGAAGUACAUUCCUGUAUGCCCCGAGUUGCGAUGUAACCUUGUAUCAGUUUUUUGUAAAUGCAGAAAUGCAUACUGUAAAAAUUGUGACAUAUGUUAGCUUAAACACUACUGUUGUCCCAUAAUAUUAUUGUUUUUAUGAUAAAUGUGCUGGAAUGCUUUACCCGGCCACAA